AUGACGCUGGUCAAUGCCGUCGAGAUCGUAAAUGCCAGAAAUGCCGACGAUGGUCCUACCCAUGCAGAGCUGGUACGCGAGGGUAGCACCGGCGGAGUGGCCGACGAGGAUGUACUUGCCGCUGGCGAGGUCGUACUCCUGCACGAGGAACUGGAGCGCGGACCAAACGUCGUUGAUGUGGUCGGGGUGUUUGGCGGCACGCAGCUCCGACGCGGGGGUUUCAGGGCCCUGGGGGUGUUUGGGGUGUGGCGAGAGCCUGUAGUCGAUGCUUGCGAAGCCGCGUAUGGGAGCGUGGGCUAG